CCACAGUGUGUGGCUGGGAGAUCAACUCCUGGGUCUACAUCCAACUUCUGAACCGCACACCUGUCAAUCAGUUUGCUUCAAACCAUUGACUCGCAGAGACUUCUCUCUAUUAGGUUCUCUUGACUUUUUCACACGGUUAUUUGCGUGGUGUCGAGUAGCCGAUAAUGCCUGAAUAAUUCGCGAUAUCAGGAGAUUAUCAGGAAAUUCUGUGAAGAGUGUGGCUCGCAAAAAAUCAUUGUGUAGUUAUGAGUGUUAAAAAAGAUAGUGAUCAAUCACUGCUCUCAUCGCCAUGGGAUCAUCCGCCUCAUAUUGUGAUUUCAACUCAGAGAGAUCUUGGGGAUGUAAUACCAUCCUCACCCUGUUCCCUAUCUCCAGGCACCCCAAACAGUCCAUGUAGGACCCCCAAUGGUUCCAUCAGAAGAAGCCGCAAUUUUCGUCCAGGAACAACAAGGCGCUUUCGUAGGCGAGCUGUGUUCAAGCAUGGAGAAGUAAAUGUGAUACAGUCUAAAUUGAACAAAAGAAAGCUAAGAUUCCUUCAGGAUAUUUUUACAACUCUUGUGGAUACUCAGUGGAGAUGGACUCUCUUGAUUUUUGCACUGAGUUUCAUACUGUCCUGGUUAGGAUUUGCAGUUAUUUGGUGGCUCAUUUGUUUUACACAUGGGGACCUCGAAGCGUCUCACUUACCACCGUUGCAAGAAGAAAAUAACUGGACUCCAUGUGUGUACAACAUAUUUUCCUUUGCGUCAUGCUUUCUCUUUUCAAUUGAGACACAACACACCAUUGGAUAUGGAUUUAGGACGACUACAGAAGAAUGUCCUGAAGCAAUUUUCAUGAUGUGCAUGCAGUCAAUUUACGGAGUAAUGACCCAGGCUUUUAUGGUGGGAAUUGUCUUUGCGAAGAUGACUCGUCCCAAGCAUAGAUCCCAGACUCUGCUCUUUUCCAAGAAUGCCGUAAUUUGUCAGAGAGAUGGGGAACUGUGCCUUAUGUUUAGGGUUGGAGAUAUUAGAAAGAGUCACAUAAUUGGGGCGAAUAUUAGGGCCAAUCUGAUAAAGUGCCGUACCACGAAGGAAGGUGAAUUCUUCCAACAAUUCCAGACAGAACUGGCUGUAAGUACAGAUGGCUGUGCUUCAGAUCUGUUCUUCAUCUGGCCAAUGAUUGUGGUACACAAGAUCAAUGAGGAAUCACCAUUUUAUACCAUGUCAGCAUCUGACAUGCUGCAAGAACGAUUUGAGAUUGUUGUAAUUCUAGAAGGAACUGUUGAGUCUACGGGGCAGAGUACGCAAACUCGAUCAAGUUACUUGAAUACAGAAAUCCUUUGGGGACAUCGAUUCGAAUCUGUGGUGUCAUACAAUAAGGAGCGCCAAAGUUACGAAGUCGAUUACAGGAGGUUCAAUGAAACUGUUCAAGUGGACACUCCCCUGUGUUCAGCCAAAGAACUCCAAGAGAUCUGCAAGUACCAGGACGACUUGACUUCAGCAGUAAAGGACUUCCAUUACGAUAUUGGAGGAGCAUCACCGAUCUUUGCACAAAAGCCCCGACUACCGUUUCUGCUGGAGAACUGGAAGCACCAACUUCUUCCCAAUCCGAAAUAUUCUCAGUCGCACAAUUUCCUGCACAGGACUCGCCAUUUUGAUACAGACUCCAUAAGAUCGCAUCCAGAAUAACAGAAGCAACGUCAUCUCUCUUGAUAAUCUUGUGAUCAUAACUUCAAUAAACACACUCAAUCUA